UGUAACAUAUUUGUUUUAUCUUGGAAAAUGGAAUAUGAACGAUAGAGUAAGAGAGUAGGGUGAUAAUUGGUUAAUAAAAUAAUAAUAAAUAGUAAUGAGACCCACUAAUUCCAUCGUCAUAAACCCAAUUCCUAUCACUUUUGAUAGGAAUUGUAAUUCCCAAAACUUAGCUCAAAUGAAAUUCAUUUCUCAACUUUCUUAUCCUUGCAAACAUAAAAUAUGGAACUGGAAUUGAAAAUGGAAUUCCAAUUCCUGAGUUUUUUGUCGAACUUUUUUUGUCUAUCCCUUAAGGAAUUUUUUCCUUUCAACAAACACAUAUUUUUCAAUUUUCUUGACUAUUCUCAUCACUUUUUCUUUUCUUUUUCAUUGUAAGGAGCUUUACUAGAACAUUAGAAUCUUAUUAGUUGAGCAAGAGCAAUUUAUGUAUCUAUAUCAUCGUUAUAGUACUUCUUUCAACUCCUAUACCUCAAUUUGUGUGGAGGAUCAAUAACAUUAAGGAGUGUCGGAAGCUUAUCCAUGACCUAAAAAAUAGAUCCUCAAGUUGGCUAUCUAUUCAACGGAAGGAAAUUUUACUUGUGAUAAACCGUUAAUUGCACAUGUUUUCACCCCUAUUCUUGAGCCGUUUGAGGUGUUGAUUCUGGUGUUUUAGGCCGAUUUCACGCUAGGUUGUGCUUGUUUGUGAUAUUUCAGGUCCUAGUAAGUGAAUGAAGGUUUAGGAGCGAGUUCGGGGUCGAUUGGACGAAGAUCGGACGCGAGGCAAGUCGCUGAGGAAGCCACACGGGCACACACAAAACACACACGGCCGUGCAAGUCACCAAUGUGGCCGUGUGGGAUUGUGCGAGCCUUCACACGGGCACAAAUAAAUUCCACACGGCCGUGUGAAAGAACAAUGUGGCCGUGUGGAAUUCUGCGAGGCUUCACACGGGCAGACUGGGUGAGCUACAUGGCCGUGUGUCUCUGGCCGUGUAGGUAGCCUGAAGUGCAAUUAUUGGAAACGCGGUGUUUUGUGUCUCACACGGGCAACUGGGUAUGCCACACGGCCGUGUGGCCUGCCCGUGUGAUCGGGAUUUUCAGGUUUUUACCCAAUUUCGGGCCACAAGUGAGAGAAUCGAAUUUCCAGAGCAAAAACAGAGCCGUAGAGAGAGAAAGUGCGAAGAACACAUCCUAGAAGGUAUCUUGGAGCUGGGUUUCAUCAAAUCGAGCUUGGAGAUCGUUAUAGGAGUGGAAAUCAUCAUCCCAGAGCAGAUUUUCCUCAUCUUUAUGAGUAUGACUGCUUUGUAUUCUGUUUUCCUCUCUCUCUCUAUGGAGUAGAACCCUUCUCUCACUUGGGUAUGAAGAACCCUAGUUCCAUGUGUUAGGGAUUUGAUUGUAAUGACUUGGGAUGAUUAUACUGUUUGGUUUUAAUCGAAUGAUGCAUGUUUAUUGAAUUGAUUGAAGUCUGAUCAGCUUUUCUUGAUUUCUGCUGCAACCUGAGAUAGAUAGAAUCUGAUUAGGUUGUUAGAGCUUCAUCAUUCGUUAGUAGGAGAUUGGCUAUACGAGAGUUAGCCAGUUUACUGCUUUGUACUGGAAUCCAAUUCAAGUAGUGGAGUUCUGUGCUUAUUGCUUCAGCUUUCUAUCCCGGUGAAGACUAGUCGUCUGCCGGGUAGUUAGACUGAGAGGGCUUGGUCAGCUUAAGAGAUUCCAAGCUACUGUCGGAUCUUCCGCAGUCUAAUCAACAGUAAAUCAACCCAGGGUAAUUACAAUUGAGACCUAACUAAGGAGCUAGGGGGACUCAUUCCCGAGUGACUCUUCUUUGCUUGAGAAAACCGAGCCAAUUCCUGCUUUCUUACUGCUUUUGCUUAAAACAACAAUCACUUGACUCAGUUGGCUAGAUAAUAGAUAAUCAUGGAGUAAGCAGUAGAUCUAGACCCCGGGUUGAUAAUAGAACUUGCCACUUUACUGCAUUCACGGACUGCGAUUACACUUGGUCGCAGUUUGGUGUUGUGUUUUGGCGUGUCAAGUUUUUGGCGCCGUUGCCGGGGACUCUAGGUUAUUGGGGAAACGUGAAAAUUUGUUACUCUAGAUUUUUCUUUAUUGCAUUUUAUCUCUUCCACCUGUGUGCCUUCACGGGUUGCUUCUGCUGAUUGUGUGCAGGUAGUGCAUGACCCGUAGCCAGUCGGGAGAUCUACUACCAUUAGACCAGGAGCUUGAACGAACCUGCAGGAACUUCAAGCGGGUUCUAAAGGCGCGACUGGCUGCGGAGGAGGCGCUAGCACAACUGCAGAUCGCUGAAGAAGAAGAGAUGGGAGAUCCACAGGACCAUGAUGUGGUCCUUCCCGAGGAGCAGACCAUGGGAUACUACUGGACCGCCAGGGCUGCGGACAUGAGGUCACCCAUUCAACACCCUCAUGUCCCAGCCAAUAAUUUUGAGGUGAGCACCUCAGUAAUCACCAUGUUGCGCGGUUCAGUGGUGUUCCGAGGCAAAGAGGGGGAGUGCCCCCGUUCACAUAUGAGGCGAUUCCACGAGCUCAUCGAUGGAAUCAAGAUAAAUGGGGUCGCAGCAGAUGCCAUCCAGCCGAGGUACUUCCCAUUCACCCUGGAGGGGCAGGCCAAGGAGUGGCUAGACACUCGACCUCCGGGCUCUAUCACCAUGUUCGCCAACCUGGCGGACAAGUUCCUCACUCGCUACCAUCCUCCAUCCAAGACGGCGGAUCUGCAGAAGCAAAUUACCCAUUUUGCUCAGGACGAGGAUGAGACCAUCAGGGAUGCUUGGGAGAGAUACAACAGUCUCUUCCUAAGGUGUCCCAAUCAUGGUUUCAAUGAUGCUUUCAAGGUGGGAACCUUCUAUCACGCCCUCUUCCCAGAAGACAAGCAGCUGAUUGACUCGGUUUGUGGCGGGAACAUGCUGACCAAAACACCGCCACAGCUGAAUCAACUCUUUGAGGAGAUGGCAGAGAACGGGUAUGAUUGGGGCACUGCUGGGAGGUCGAGGAGAGCACCAAGCCGAGGUGUACAUUCUGUGGGAACCCAUUCCUCUAAUUUGGUGCAGGUGGUAUCGAAGCUGGUUUCAGCUAUCGAUCGUUCCGGGAUGAUUUCAGGGACCGAACAGCAGCAGGCGAUGCUCUGCCAUUGGUGCGAGAGCACCCAUCACACGGUGGAAGACUGCCAAGCGAUGAAGGAAUCGACCACACCCCAGGAGCAGGUGAACUUCAUCAAUAAUGUUAGGCGCAAUGACCCCUACAGUAACACUUACAACGAGGGGUGGCGCCAGCAUCCCAACUUCUCCUGGGGUGGGGCAAAUUCCAGACCACCAGUCCCUCAGGGACCACUUGGCUUCCAGAGGCCGCCAUAUCAGCCCAGACAGGGGCAAUUCCAGCAGCAGCAGCAGUCUCUCUACCAGCCCAUGCAGGGGCAUGCUGCUCAAUCACAGCCGCGACCUUUCCAGCAGCCAGGUACAGCCCCUGCCACCCCAGUGCAAAAUGAUCCGAUGGCUAAACUGCGGGACUUGGUGGGUUCUCUCGCCAGUUCUAGUGCUCAGAAAUUCAACACUAUCGAGCAGUUCAUGGAAAAGGCCUCGGGUAAAUUCCUAGCUCUUGAAGCUGGCCAGAGGAACACACAGGCUGUCUUGCAGGAUAUCCAAACCCAGUUGGGGAGCGUGGCUCAAGCAGUGGCACAAAGGGCUCCUGGUACUCUACCCGGUCAGACCAUCCCUCAUCCGCAGGACCCGAAUGAGCACUGCAAUGCCAUCACAACCAGGAGUGGCAAGAUGACUGCUGAUCCACCUGUUCGGGCACAAGAGAGAGAGGCCCCUGCCUCGGCAUCUCCAGCGGCUGAAGAAGAAGCAGAGAAGGAGGUUGAGGUGCCUGCGCCUAAACCGCAACCAGUAGUGGAGGAGUAUAUCCCUCAACUCCCCUUCCCUACUCGGUUGCACAAAGACAGGCUAGAUGCAGAGUUCGGGAACUUCAUGUCAAUGCUUAGGAAGCUGAAUGUCCAAGUACCUUUCCUGGAGGCACUUUCUCAAAUGCCUAAGUAUGCGAAGUUUCUGAAAGAUCUUCUCUCAAAGAAGCAGAAGCUGAGCGAGCUGGCCACUGUGGAGCUCAGCGAGGAGUGCUCAGCUAUUCUGCAGAACAAGCUUCCGCAGAAGCAGAAGGACCCAGGUAGUUUUACUAUCCCGUGCUCUAUAGAUAAAUUGCAUGUAGAGAGGUCCUUGGCGGAUUUAGGUGCUAGUAUCAAUGUUAUGCGGUAUAAAUUGUUCAAGAAACUAGGCCUAGGUGAACCCCGUGCUACUAGGAUGAGCCUUCAAUUAGCGGACCGAUCUGUAGUGCAUCCUAGGGGCAUAGUGGAAGACCUUCUGGUUAAGGUUGGCAAAUUCAAUUAUCCUGUGGAUUUUGUUGUCAUGGACAUCAAUGAGGACACAGAAGUGCCCCUUAUACUGGGAAGGCCUUUCCUGGCCACCGCCAAGGCUCUCAUAGAUGUGCAUGAUGGGACCUUAGUUUUGAGGGAUGGCGAGGAGCGAAUAACGUUUUCAAUUGCUAAUACUCUCCCUGCUUCGUCACCUCUGCAUGCUAUAUCUCACCAGGAGCACGAGUCUGUCGUGUAUCCUUCUGUGCUUCCUAUUUUGCAGGAUCCGCCUCCCAUACCUUCGCCGCCAAUCCCGUCCACUCCGCCACCAAAAGAACACAUCAAGGAGGAGUGAUGGCCGAAACUGCAGGCAGCUAAGCCUGCUCGAAAGAAAGCCGGCGACCACUAUGAGCUGGUCCCGCCCCCACCUUGGCCAUCCGAGUAUUCACUCGCUUGCAUCUUGCCGGAUGGCCAAGUCGAGUUGGCGAGUGCUGGUGGGCACAACCGCCGUGUGCAUGGCCACCACCUGAAGCUGUACCUCAAGAGCGAUGUGGAUCCGCUCUUGAAGGCACCUGAUCCUACACUUCUCUGAGCAUCCACCCACUGGCGUCCAGCUAAAAGACGGUAAAGAAGCGCUUGUGGGGAGGCAACCCCACCUAGGUUUGCAUUUUCUUACUUUUUUCCUUUUUAUUUUUUGUGUUUUUGAGUCUUGAGGGGUUGUUCACGAGUUGUACGUCGUUCUGGAGUGAAAACAGGUCAAAUUCGGAGUUCUGGCUGCCCACACGGCCAGCCCUGAAGGUCACACGGUCGUGUGAAAAUGGGUUUUGGCCGUGUGGAUUCCCUGGAAUUUUCACACGGGCAAGAGGGGUCCCUCACACGGCCGUUUGGAUUUGGCCCCAGCCUGUGUGAGCUCUCGUUAUUUUUCACACGGCCAGGUGUGCUUUGCACACGGCCGUGUGGAAAUCCUCGGCCUGCCCGUGUCGGCCGACACGGGCAUAUGUGCACCUCACACGGUCGUGUGAGCCUGCCCGUGUGGCCGAGCCACGGGCUAUAAAUUCGGCCGACACGGCCGAGUGGUCAGAAAAUCAAUUUUCUCUCGCCGGAAUCCUCUCCCCCUCGCCGGAAAACCGCGACUUUUCGCCAUCCUUGUCGAUUUUCGGCCAUUUUUGGUCGGUUUUUCACAAAUCCAGCACCACACCCACCCUUUGCUCCCCAUUAUCGGCCUAUCCCUCGAUUUUGAGGUGAUUUGGCCUGAUUUUGAGUCGUCGGAGGCGAUUUCCGGCGAGACUUCGGCGAGGCUCCGACGAGUACUUCCGGGAAGUUUUUCGGCCUUUCGUCGCUUCCAUUGCCUUCCCCUCAUCAUCCCCUACACCUCUACUUGAGUCUCCAGGUUUUAUUUUGACCUUAACUAUGUUAUUUAUGGAGAAUUGGGUGUUAGGGUGCAUGUUUAGAGAACCUCUUUGAAUCAUGUGAAUUGUGUGCAAUUGAUUGAGGGGAAUGCUUGGAUUAUGUAUGAAUUGUGUUGGGCAUUGUCCCCCUUGCUUGUUUGAGCCCUUGUGUGCAAGAAUUUUGUCAAUUCCAUGUUUACCUUAAUAGUGCACACAAGGUGUUCGAUAAAAUGCCUGUUUUCGU